GGCGAUUUGAACCUCGCGGAGAAGGCUCCGCGGCUCUUGGAUGCGGUCCCAUGUCCUGACCCGACUGCCGCUGCCCAUGAUCUAAACACCCUGAACACCAUUGAUCACAUCCUCAUUUCGUUCCCCAGCUGGGUCUGCACUCAACUCUUUUUUAGCGGCAAGGUUACGGAGUACCCCGAGGUUCUGCUCGGGAAGGGCAUCUCGGACCACGCUCCGCUAGUGAUCGAGCUAUCCUGCAGCCCCCCGAUACCUCCUGGGCAGCGUCCUAUCCCGCGGGAUGUUUUUCGCUUCAACGAGAAAAUGAUGAGGGAGGCUGCAGAAUAUGCUAGGAACGCCAUGGUUGUGAAGCGCCCUGAGUCGUUACCC